AUGCUGAAGCUCGGUCUCAUCUUCGUGCUGCUCGUCUCGGCCCAAGCUGCUGAAGAGGAAUGCGUCGAACGGCCGUUCGCUUGCUACACGUACGAGUGGCUGACCGCCAAGGGAUUGCCGCACGAUCGGCCGGCUGCUUUCGAAAAGAAGUGCACACCAUGCCCGCUCGCUCCAUGCACCAACCCUGAAACUUUUGCGGCGAAAGGAGUCUUCUGGCCCAAGGUCAUUUGCAACCCCACCGGGUUCUUUUGUGUGGAGUUUCCCACCGAGGGCAACGUCGCACUGCCAAACUGUACCAAGCCGAUCGCCCUUGAAGGGAAAAAGAAGUAUGCGCUCCUGCCGUUCAACUUCUGCCACAGGGAGAUGCUGGCCAAGGGAACGUGCCCUGUUGAGCUUCUGAGCCGCGAGCCGUAUCGGCAGGAUGCCGUAAAAAUUGCUCCUGGUUUCUUUGUCCAAUGUGACGCGGGAUUUAUGGUGCCCAGCGAGGGCAGCGUCCCAGCCGAGCUGAAGAAGAUCAGCAAUGCCGUGCCGGUGAAGUGCGUAAACGCCUGUGUCUACAAGGAGAAGGGAACGGCGGCCGACUACGCGGAAUGCCAACUGCUUGACGUUGUCGAUCGCCAGAAUGAGACGGACAUCAAGGUGGUCCUGAAGUACGGAAAACGCCAGCUGCGCGAAGCCGAGCCGCCCGAGUGUAUCUCUCGCCCGUUCUUCUGCUACGCCUACGAGUGGCUGGCCGAGAAGCAACUGCCGCACGACGCCCCGGCUAGCGGCGUGCUGCUGUUGGUGCUCGGAAUCGCCGCCCUCGUUUGGGUGGUGUACAGUAGGCGCCGCGGUGCCAGCAAGCAGGAGCGCGUCAAGCCGCUCAGCGAGAGCGCGUACGGCCCGGAAGUCGACUCUUCUCGCGUCGAAGAAAGCGGAGCCCGGGUA